AUGUCCAAACGCGUCUCUGUGAUAGUCAUCGGCGGCUCACACGCAGGCCUGGCGGUCAGUCAGAAACUCCUGCGCCAAACUCUCAAAGCCACCAUCACGCUGAUUAGCCCCUCGGAUGAGUACUACUUCAAUAUCGCCGCGCCCCGCUUCCUCGUCAAGCCCCAAAGCCUACCCCCAAGCAAAUACCUGUACUCGAUCCCGGACGCGUUCCAUGAUUAUCCCACGGGCUCCUUCACCUUCGUCAGGGGACUAGUGACCAAGAUCGACUACAUGACCAAGUCAGUCGCCGUUGCUCUGUCUGCAAGCUCUCCUGCUGGUACUACCACGUCUUCGUACAAUUUCGACUACCUCGUGAUCGCAUCUGGAAGUUCGACGCCUGCAACGCUCGGAAAUGAGGGCAUGCGGCUUCCGUUCAAGGUGAUGGCGUUCGAAGAUAUAAGGAAAGCCAUAUAUGAGGCGCAGGCAAAGCUGGCAGGCGCCCAGACGGUUGUAAUCGGCGGCGGGGGGCCCCUGGGCGUCGAAAUAGCCGGGGAACUGGCCGAGGCGCCAGGACCGAAGAAAGUUACACUGGUAACUCGGUCAAAUGUCUUGCUAGAGGGGGCAACUGCGCCUAUGCAGCGAGCGGCGAUGUCACUUCUGAAGGGCAAAAAUGUCGAGGUCUUGGCGGGGACCGCGGUUGAGGAGGCCGUGUACGAAUCCCACACCCAGACGUGGAAGGUCAAAUUGUCCAGUGGGAAGACGUACAUCGCUGAUGAGUACAUCGCGACCACGGGCACCGUUCCGAAUAACGAGUUUAUCCCAAAGGGCUGUCUUAAUUCCCAGGGUUGGGUCAACGUUGACGAACAGCUUAGAGUCAUCGAGAACGGCGAAAGUCGCAAUGACACGUAUGCGGUCGGUGACAUCACUUGCCAUCCAUAUCGACUGCUCUCGCGAGUCUCUCUUCAGGGACAGACGGUAGCAUCGAAUAUUGUGGCGGCCAUUGAGCAGAGCUCCCGGAUCAUGACAUACUCAACAGAAGCACAAAAGAAGAUGAUGGUCGUCCCUGUGGGACAGUCGACGGGGACAGGGCAUCUCGGUAGUUGGACCCUGUUUGGAUGCUUGGUUUGGUUCUUCAAAGGGAAGGAUUUUUUGACUUAUGAGGCGCCCAAGUUCUUGCAAGGCCAGAUGAGAUGA